AAACAUGUCCAUCAUCUGCACCUGGAGCUCUUCUGCAGGUUCCUUUAGUUACAUGUGGAAGUGAAAACAUGACUGUGAAGUUGUCGGCUAAAGAGCUGAAAGGCGUGAGAUUCGGAGGUCAGUUUGAGUCCAUGUUAAAAAUACUGUGCCUGAUAAUGUCAUAUGAUCCAUGUUGGUUCCAGGAGAUUUUGUAAGAGCAGAUAUUAAACUGUUCUUUUCUUUUUCAGAGGACAAGAAGAACCUCUCUCAAGACCCUGGUCUAACACAAUGGAGAAAUGAAGAUGGCCUGUUUAUCAAAGUGAAGAACAAAGGAAUGGAGGAUCACCUUGCAUUCCAGUAUAUUGACCUAACAGAUGAAUCAUACACUGCAAAAGUGUCCUGUGCUCAGCAUCAACCUAAACGACUUCCCAGAUCAAGCUUCCAGAGAGACGUCAUACACACACAUCCCUACAGUCGACAUUACAGACACGUUUAUAGGCAUCAUCAUAGGCGAUCUAAUAGAAAACCACGUGACUGUUUUCAGGGGCAUCAUCACAGGUUUUGCUCAGUCUACAGACCCCCUAUGGUGACCCCAACAGGGUAUGUUGAAGAUCUACCUGAGCAAUCAAUUUAUGAGUUUUGGGGUUUCACGUCCAUUCCACCAAAGCCUUAUAGGCCAUCUCCAAGACUAACUCUACCACCUCAAAGCAUGGCAACUAACAGUCUACUGAAAAAGACCACUACAGUGUCUGAAACAACUACCACUUCUGCUGAAACAAGCACAGCUGUAAGGACCCCCUCAGUAUUCGCAACAAUCUCACUUGCAGCAAUGACCACAUCAGCAGCUGCAUCCCCUGUGGAGUCCACGAUAGCUGAAGUUACUACGUCUACUGCUGCCACUACUACAGCUCUUUCAACAGGCACUGUCACAAGUACAUCUGUAAAGGUAGAUGCAGUAGUUCCAACAACCUCAACUGCAACCACAACUUCACCUGCUGUCACAACCACACCAGCGGCAACUUCUAGAGAUAUAUACUCUAUGAAAAUCACUACAAUACAUGAAACUACUACAACCACUUCUGCAACUACUACAUUCCCUGAAACAAGCCCUACUUCAAAGACUGCUACAUUAGCCACAACAGCAUCAACCACAGCAGCAACAUCCACAACAGCAGGUAAUACUGCAGCUGUAACAUCUGUGAUGUCUGCUACAAUAGCAGCAACUGUAGCGGCUGAAAAAAGCACUGCUGCAAGGGACAGUACACUAGGUGCACAAACUACAACUGCAGCAACAACCAAAAGGGAACUAACUACUGUAGCUCCCUCCACUGGAAAGUCCACUACCACAUCUGAAACCACUGUUGCAGCCUCAACUGCAGCAAAAAUACCAGCACUAACUACUCCAGCUGCAUCUACUACAACAGAAUCUCAAACUACAAAUGCAGCUGCUGGAACUACUACAGCUCCUGAAAUAAGUACCAUUGCAAAGACAUCCUCGGUUGCUGCUACAACCUCAACUGCAGCAACACCACCAGCACUAACUACUGUAAUUGCAUCCACUGCAACGAUCAGAACUGCUGCAACUACUAGAGCUCCCGAGACAAGCACUAAUGCACCAACUGCAGCAAAAACUCCAGCAGCAACUACUGCAGCAGCUGUAUCCUCUUUGAAGUCUACAACAGAAACUGCUGCAACUAAUGUAGCUCCUAUAACAAGCACAACCAGAAGUACCUCGUCAGCGACUGCUACACCAAUCACACCAACAGGAACUACUGCAGCUGUUUCUGCUCUUUGGUCCACUAAAGUCGUAGAAACAACUGCUGCUACUGCUGCUACUGCUGCAACUACAACUGCUGGAGAUCUGGAAACAAGUAUGACUGCAAGGAUCUCUUCAGUAGCUGCUACAACCUCAACUGCAGCAACUCCUGCAGCAGCAGCUGUGUCCUCUGCGACAACCACAUCAUCUCAAACUGCAUCUGCAAUUGCUGCAACUACUAUAGCUCCUGAAGCAAGUACUACUGAAGGAAUCUCUACAGUAGCCACAAGCAUAUCAGCUGCAUCUAGGAGUGCACCAUCAGCAACAACAUCGAUCUCUGAAAAGACCAGUACACUAGCCAAAGGGGCAACCACACCAACAGUGUACCCUACAACGACCAUCUCAGCAAAUGAUCUCAUCACUAGAAUUGAGCAAUUGUUGGAGCUACUACGAAGAUUACUAAGCUUCCCACGGCUUCCAUAG